UUCCUCUCAUAUAUACACCUCCCAGUGCUCUCCGCCUCGGCCUCUCUCUCCGCCUCCCCCUCCCCUCUCCAUUCCUCUUCCCCUGCGAUCCGAGCCCGCACCCCGCAGGGAGGAGAGGCGAUCACCUGAUCACCAGGGCGAGGCCUCGCGAUCUCGCGCAGGAGCGGAGAUGGGGCUCACGUUCACUAAGCUGUUCAGCCGCCUCUUCGCCAAGAAGGAGAUGAGGAUCCUCAUGGUUGGUCUCGACGCGGCCGGUAAGACCACCAUCCUCUACAAGCUCAAGCUUGGCGAGAUCGUCACCACCAUCCCCACCAUAGGAUUUAAUGUCGAAACUGUUGAAUACAAGAACAUUAGCUUCACUGUUUGGGAUGUCGGUGGUCAGGACAAGAUCCGGCCCUUGUGGAGGCACUACUUCCAGAACACCCAGGGCCUCAUUUUUGUCGUGGACAGCAAUGACAGAGAGCGUGUUGUUGAGGCCAGAGAUGAGCUCCAUAGGAUGCUGAACGAGGACGAGCUUCGUGAUGCUGUGCUUCUGGUGUUUGCAAACAAACAAGAUCUUCCCAAUGCCAUGAAUGCUGCUGAAAUCACCGACAAGCUUGGCCUUCACUCCCUGCGCCAGCGGCAUUGGUACAUCCAGAGCACAUGUGCUACCUCUGGUGAGGGUUUGUACGAGGGGCUUGACUGGCUUUCCAACAACAUUGCCAACAAGGCUUGAGGCAUCUUGGCAGAGCUCUGAUCAAUGAAAAUACUUCGGAUGUUGGAGCGCGUACUGCCUUUACCAUACUGCUAUGAACUAUAUAUAGUCGUGACAGUGACAGAUAAUGUGGGGUGUUUUUGGGAGUACUAAAGCUCUUUGGUCAAGGAGCUAGCUAUCAGAUGUUUUCGUGGGUAUUGCUAAUUGUCCGUUUUGGUUCGUUCAAGGUAUACUAUGAAGCGCCGUUGCGCUGUGUACUGGACAGUGAGGUGAGGUGUUGUAGUAUCAGACUUGCCUCUUGGCAUUAUGGCAUAGCUAGCUUAAUGGUCGCGUAAUUUGUUGUGUGCAGCGUAUCUUA